UCAACGCAAACAGACAAAAAGACUUAAAAUAUUUGUCAGCUUCAUAUGAAAAUACAAAAAUUAUUCCAAACUCAAACAUCCAUAAAUUCUCAUUACACAACACUCUCUUUCAUUCUCCAACUUGUAAACAUCUCUCCCCUAAUAUGGAAUCAAAUACUCUGACCACCUCUUCCAUCUCCUACACCAAACCACUUCCACCGCUCUUCCCAACGGCAGAGCCACCUUCUUACAUCCUCCGCAACAUCUCCCUCACCUCUCAUCCUUCCCAAAUCCUCGCCAUCGUUGGCCCUAGCGGUGCUGGAAAAUCAACUCUUCUCGACAUCCUAGCCGCAAGAACCUCCCCAACCUCAGGCUCAAUCCUCGUCAACUCUCUUCCCAUUAACCCUUCUUCUUACCGCAAAAUCUCUUCCUACGUUCCUCAACACGACGCCUUCUUCCCUCUCCUCACCGUCUCCGAGACUUUCACUUUCUCCGCCUCCCUAUUGCUCUCAAAAACCCCAUCAGAAACCUCCAGUGCCGUUGCUUCUCUCCUACAAGAACUUAACCUAACGCAUCUUGCACAUACAAGACUCGGUCAAGGCCUAUCCGGUGGUGAACGGAGAAGGGUUUCUAUUGGUCUAAGUCUUCUCCACGAUCCUGGAUUCUUACUCCUCGACGAACCCACCUCCGGUUUAGACAGUAAAUCUGCUUUCGACGUUGUUCAGAUCCUCAAGUCCGUUGCUACGUCAAGACAAAGGACCGUGAUCUUGUCCAUACAUCAACCUAGCUUCAAGAUUCUGUUUCUCAUCGACCGCUUGUUGCUUCUUUCCAAAGGAAGCGUUGUAUACCACGGAAGGCUUGAUUUGCUCGAAGCUUUCUUGCUCUCCAAGGGAUUCACGGUUCCACCUCAGCUGAACUCUCUUGAGUACGCUAUGGAGAUACUUCAAGACCUUCAUGAUCCGUACGAGAAUACUACCGACAUUGUUCUCCAUGAACACUGCCCUAACGAAAGUCAAAAGCAGAACACAAAACAGAGAUAUAGAAGCUCCAGGAUCACUGAAGUAACCCUACUUUCUAGACGAUUCUGGAAGAUCAUAUACCGUACAAGGCAGUUGCUUCUUACCAACAUCUUAGAAGCUCUUGUAGUAGGUCUUGUCUUAGGCACUAUCUACCUCAACAUUGGAACUGGCAAGGCAGGCAUCGAGAAGCGGUUCGGUCUUUUUGCAUUCACCCUCACGUUCCUCUUAUCAUCAACCACACAAACCCUACCAAUAUUCAUCGAUGAGAGACCCAUUCUUCUCAGAGAAACAUCGAGUGGACUCUACAGACUCUCCUCUCACAUUCUCGCAAACACAUUGGUCUUCUUGCCUUACUUGCUCCUCAUCGCAAUCAUCUACUCUGUCUCGCUUUACUUCCUUGUAGGUCUCUGCCUUUCAUGGCAAGCUUUUGCCUACUUUGUCCUCGUGAUAUGGAUCAUUGUCUUAAUGGCAAACUCCUUUGUGCUUUUCUUGAGCUCUCUAGCGCCUAACUAUAUCGCUGGAACAUCGUCAGUGACCAUUCUUCUCGCGGCUUUCUUCUUGUUCUCUGGCUACUUCAUCUCUAAAGAGAGUCUACCUAAGUAUUGGUUGUUCAUGUACUUCUUUUCGAUGUAUAAGUAUGCGUUGGACUCGCUUCUGAUAAAUGAGUACUCUUGCCUGGCCAAUAAAUGCCUUGUCUGGUUUGGGGAAGGCGACGUGAAAGCGUGCUUGGCUACUGGAGGUGACGUGUUAGACAAGAAAGGGCUUGAUGAGAGACAGAGGUGGACUAAUGUUUAUGUGUUGUUAGGGUUCUUCGUAUUAUAUCGUGUUUUGUGUUUUCUUGUUCUCCUCAAAAGGGUUUCGAGUUCCAGGAGAUGAUUUUUUCUAUUAUUAUCUUUUUUUUUUUUGCUUAAUAUCUGUAAGGUUUUUCUUGUUUCUUCAAACUCCAUGGUAUACAUACUGUAUGUAUAGGACCCAGGAUUAGUUUUUACCUGGGUCAAACCAUGAAAAAAAAGCAGUGUUCAAGAAAUCGCUAGGCGCUAAUCGGGCGGCGACCUAACGCCUAGCGCCUAGAACGACUAAGCGGACGCCUAGAUUAUUAGUUAAGCGGUUUAGGCGUUUAUAAAUUAUAACAAUAUAUUAAAUAUAUGUAAUGUUUUAUACUUAAUAAUAGUAAAAACUAUUAUUUAUAUAUGAUAAAAAUUAUAUUCAUAAGAAUAUAUAUUAAAAUAUAUUAAUUAUUAUAAUUUAUG